AGGAACGACUGCUUGCGACGCUGGCGAGGACUUCGGUUGGAGAAAUCGCCUAGCAUAAAGUUUGCGUUCUUUAUGAGCAAUUUUUGUAGGCAUUUCACGUAUUAGUUUGUUACAUGACGGAGCUUGCGAGUCGAAGCGCGUGACCUGAUCGUCGAGCUCGGCGAUUGGGAGUUUUCGCCCAAGUCCUCCUUGCCACGCAACGUCACCAGAAGAAAGACACUAAAUCACGGCUGCACAAGACACAUCCAUUCAUCUCCACACGCGCCUGAUUCGCGCAUCCUGAGGAACUUUCAUAGCCGUGACUUGCCCUGCCCCCACUUAAGGGCGGUUGCCGCAAGGCCCUGAGUCAGCACCUUAGGCACUAACCUUAUGCUUUUGGGCUAUCACAAGCUUGUCAGCAAGUCGCGGAGGCCUCAGAGGACCUCUGACGGUGACGGGGUCCGAGCACACAAGCUCUAAUGACCGGUUUCUGCCGAGUUUGAGGGCCGAGGAGGCCCGCUUUGGCCCGCCACGAUGGACGUCUUCGAGGAGGUUGCUGAUACAUUCUCUGGAGCCAGUGGUUGCUCAAUCACGGACCUAUUUUCCUCGCGUCUGGGCUCGCUGAACCUGAGUUUCACCUCCAACUCGUUCGACCCAGCGUUCACGUUCUCAAGCUCUCGCUCAUCGUCGUUGCAUCACUGCGAGAGCACCUCGCGCACCUCGGCCGCAAUCGCUGCGGCCAGCGCUGCUGCAUCCGGCGCCGCUGCGCCCGCUGCCAGCGCCUCCGCAGCCAGCGGUGCCGCCGCGGACACGCCCUCGCGGGAGGCCUCCCCGCCGCCGUUGCUGCUCUUGCCGCCGGUGAUCUCGGGCGGGCCCCCGCGCCGCCAUGUCCACGUGCUGCGGCGCAACAGCCUGCCUUGUGGCGUGGCGACGUCAACGGCGGACCCGCAUGCCGACGCGGCGACAGGCGACGGCGCCUUUAACCGGCUAAGCACCUCCGGCGGCGGCAGCAGCGUCAGCAGUAGCUGGUCGGGGCUGCCGAGUCCGCUAAUGGGGCCGGCGCCACCGAGCAUUGCGGCACGGGCCGCGGGCGCGGCCGGCAGCAGCAGGGGCACCGCCGCCGGGUUGCGUUCGGGGCCUGCAGCUACCUCGACCAGCACUGCGGAGGCUGCCACUCCGCCCCUGCCGCCGCUGCCGGGCGCCAGUGCACAGCACUCGGGUGCGGCGGGCGGCGCGGGGCUCAAGCGGCGGAGCUGCCCUGAGCCGGGCAUGCUCAGCGCCAUCCUGGAGCCGCUGCGGCAACAGAGCCCCUACUGCUCGGCCGGGCAAGUGCCGUCGCCGUGCACGGGUGGGAGCCGUGGCUGUUCGGCGGGAGGUGCGCCCGCCGACUCGGCUAUUGGCGGCGGCGGGCUGUGCGCCACGCCGUCGAGCGAGCCCGUGUCGCCGUCCUCCUCCUUCGCCUCCUUUGCCGCGGCGCUGGCUGCGCGGUACUACGUUGACUUCGGCUCCAAUCCCGAUGUGCCGACGCACCUGGAGGAGGUCCGGCAGCGGGACACAAAGCGCUCGCGAGUGACGACUGGCGGAGGCGGAGGCGUCUGCGAUAUGCAGACCGCGGUGCAGCCUCAGCACUAGGCCGGUCGGCACCGACAUGAAUGAAGCAGCCAUUGCGGUUGACGUGUGCCCCGCUGCUGGCGCGCGGUGUGCAGCUGUAGUAGCAGCGUCAGAAGAGAUGACUGACGAUGGCUGGAAGCGUUUGCUGCGGCGAAGCGGCGAAGCAACCUAUGUAUGCGUGCCAUUGCAUGCGCGCUGCAAGACCUCGGUCUACGUGCCCUGUUUGAGGCGCGUCGGGGUAUGGACCGCAAUUACUUUCUCGCAUACACAAUGACGUCAUGUGGAUAGAAAUGCAUUUCCCUUUCUUUAUGGCGCCGGAGCUCACCACCUUGCGCUACCGGUGUCGCCUGUCCUGCCUUCCUGCGUUCAUGGCACCGCCAGCCGCGUCGCACUCAGUGGAAGGCACAAGGCACUUGCACCGUGCUGCUAUGUUGGUGCUGCCGCAUGGUAGGCACGCGCUUGCGCACAGGGGCAGGUGGUGAAGGGUCGCUGAGCGCCGGACCACCGCCAGCUUACGGGGCGGAAUGUUCCCGCUGCUGCUGUAUAUAACCAUUGGCGCUUUGCAAACGGUUGACAGUUAUAAUAAGAAGGCGAUGCCCUUAGCUGGCGGAAUGGAGGGCACCCAAAGCCCGGGGCUGGAUGACACCAAAGCCCCACGGUCCUGGGUCUGACCCGGGUUAGGUGGGACCUGCAUUCCGUAUCAUGACGGUUGCAGCUGGGGUCCGGCAGCGGGGUGUUAGAUGGGUGGGAUGGGCCGGCCGUUGAGUCGGUUACGGCGUAAUUGUGUGAAGCGCUAGUCAUUGCCCUUACGUGUGACGUGCAUGCGAUGCAUGUGCAUGUGCCUUGCGUCCCAGCUGGGCCCAACCCGGUGGCUGGCUGGGCGCUGGAUGCAUGUGGCGCAGCGAGGAAUGAAGGCCUAGUGCCGACAAGAGCCUGAACGCAACACUCGACAUUGGUGUUUGUUGGUCAACAUGGCUGUGGGAUACCUCGCGUAUGCAGGUGCAUGCUCAAAGUUGACGAUGGUUAGCCUGGGCAGCCAGGGGUCACGCUGUGUUGGCGCAGUUGUGCAUAUGACACCGCGCAUGCGGCAGGGUUUGUGGGGUUAUCGGAUCUGGCACACGUGACAGUAAUUGAUGGUGACGUGAUGGCCGUCUGUUCCGAUCAUUAAUAUCCCAAAAGACGUCGUAGUCACUAGUCGGUGGGGGCUGCGUAGCAUCUGCUCCGGCGCGCGCUCGUGCUGUGGCGCGAGGGAGCUUGCGCAUAAGCGGAAUACACCAAACCAAUACAUCGUUUGUGUUUGAUUCAUGCUGAUGGGAUUCGGGGUUGCUUGCGUCUGGUGCGGCUCUGAAUUGCUGCAGCCAUUGUCGUAGGGAAUACCGGUCGGUGGACAGCUCAUGCGUGUUGCAAGCCAAUGGCGCCCAUGCGCGAAGCGGCUAAUGACGCAGGCGAGUACCGUAGUAGGACGGAAAGCAACGUGCGUGCGACGGAUCUGACCCUAAAAGCCCGACUGAUGGGUUCACAAGUGUGGCGCGGGGGAGGCUUCCAUCCUUCCUUGAGCUGACGAGAAGCGAAGACUAAAUGUGCAGCGGCGCGGUGUUGCUGCAUAUGUUUGCAUGCGGGGCACAUGCCUGCGCUACGUGCACGUGCAGAGUGCACAUCUGUCAUAAGUGGAUCCAACCCUCUGCGGCUUGCCCCCGGUCUCGCCUGUACUGCCAGCAGAAGCAAGGGCCUUCGGGUCGCGAACUCUGCGCGACUGCCAUUCCUGUGCCGUAUAAGGUUCGACGGUCCA